UUACCCAAGAGAUGAGAUAUAUAAUGUACGCUAUUUAAUAAAUCACGUUCAAUGCUAAUAUCGAAAAGGAAUCCCUACGCUAACUGUUAAGUGAAUACAAUACAGUGGUAUGUCCCAAAUCAAAUACUAUUUUUCCUACAGUCGCAUAUUUGAUAACUGCUCUAUACUUUGAGGACAUUAUAACCGUUUAUUGGCUGUUGUGCGGGUAAUUAAUUAUGUUACCAUUAUUUUCAUUGGAUUAAUUAAUUGCAAUUUUAUAUAGAGUGUUAGUUCUAAAAUGACGGGAAAGACAUGUGGUUGAAAUUGAGAGUCAAUAAUGGAUGUGUAGAUAAUUUUACUGGUAAAUUAAUCUGUUUAUGGAUAUUAAUCUGCUCUGCUUUAGGUCGUAACACAGACUACGGUUACAGAAGAAGACACCAAACACCCAGAUUUAAGUCAGCCUCAGGGAACAUAAGUUUUUACGUUGGCGCCACUGCUAAUUUGUCAUGUGUGAUUGAAAACCUAGGUGCCAGACACGUUUCUUGGCGUAAACUUCCUGAGGAAAGUCCUAUAACCAUCGGUGAAACCAUAUUCACACAAGAUGAUCGAUUCUCCGUAGACCAUAAUUCAGAACGAAACAACUGGGAUUUGAGCAUAAAAGAUUUGACAUUUGGAGAUACAGGGACAUAUGAAUGCCAGGUUCCUUCAAAAGAUAAAAAUAUACGACAACAUAUAUUUCUUAGAGUAAAAGCUCGUCCAAAAGAAGACAAGACAGAACCUCCACCAGUUAUAUCGAUAUCAGGUCCUGACCUGACGCAUGUAGGUGAUACUUUGGUAAUAAAAUGCAGCGCCACCUACAUUGGAGUGGCUAGCAUUGAUUGGUUCUUUGAUGGGUAUUUGUUACAAUCAAGUAUUGCAGAAGGAAUUUCAAUUAAGGACAGAUUUUCAAGUGUUUCAAAGACAAUACACAGUACACUGCAAAUAAAGAAGGCCACCAUGUCUAGUUCCGGUACAUAUACUUGUAGAUCUGCAGAUAAAUAUGUAAAGGAAUACAGAAUUACGGUUCUCAGCGAUGUGAAAACAAAUAAUAAGAAAAGAGUUAUUUCUGAAUCUUUAGGGAAAGAAUCCUCAACAUCCGGUCAAAAAAGUAAUACCUCAUCACGCGUUUCUAUCAACUUUCCAAUCAUGUACGUUAUUAUGAUCACGUGGUUUAUGCUGAUUAAAAACAAUUUCACUUGACAUUCACCUUACAUGGGCUUCUGGUCUGAAGCUUCCAUGCAAGCAACAUACAUACACUCUGUAGAUCACAAACAAUGUUCAUACGGACAGAACUCGGUUAUCAAAAUAGUAAAGUGAGCAGUACACUUGACUUAUUAAUAUACACCAAAAACAAAUAACAAACAAAAUACACGUGAUGUAAUAAAAUUUACUAAUUAAUGUUUAUGUGAUAUACGUAGAGCUUGAUAACAAAUUAGUUUGCAAUUUAUAUCUUAAGCUAAAUAAAAAUCUGGCUUUUGUAGAAAGUAUUUUUGAACAUUAUGGGUUCUUGCUAAUUAAUCAGAUACGGGGUGACUCAACUAAAUGUUGGUGUAACCUUAUUUCUUUUACCAGAAAUUGUAAAAAAAUUGACAUUUAAUUAUUAUAAUGUUGCUUUACGAUAUAUCUCUUGUCGUUGAUGUAACUUUUAUUGUAAUUUAUCAGUAGCUGUAUGCAUUGUACUUUGUUAAUGUUAUGAGGAAGAUGUGAUCGACUUCAAAGUCCUCAAGCUUUUAUUAAACCAAAAGAUGGUCCCCAAAAAUCAUGUCUUCUUAGUAAAAAACAUAACAUACUUUAAUAACAGAAUGGAGAUAUCUAUUCAUUCGAGCUGUUACAAUGAAAAAAAUAAAAAACAACAACCUUACUUGAUGCCUAGUUUAUUGCCAUUUAACAAUUUUUUUAGAAGCUGUUCAAUGGUUAAACUUAUAUUCAGUUUGUUAAAUGUGUGAUGUCUAUCUCUGUAAUUGUUCUAUAGAAAAGUAUUAAAACAAAUUAUUGGAUAUCGACAUCUUAAAUGUUUAUAUGAAUAUGAAGUUUAAAAAUCUUUAUUUUUUCAAAUCGUUUAAAGUAUGUGUAGAGUUUUACCGAUUAUUAAAAAAUAGAAAUACUAUUUCCUGCGUGAUACUUUCCCUUUAAUACUAUUUCCUGCUUGAUACUUUCCCUUUUUCAAAUCUUUCUGUCUUUGGACUGUGUGCAAAAUGUCUGACAGAAAAAACAAUAAAAAAAAAUCACAUACGGAUUUUCGCUACUCUGUUUUUCAAAGACUGCUAUAAAUUGAUAGUAUAUAUAUAACGGAACUAAAAAAGCAGGGAAAAAAUGCAAUGUCCAUGAUUUUUUACGGAAAACGGCAAAGUAGAGAUGCGCAAAAAAAAAUCAUACAAUUGUGAAACGAUUAAGUCAAAUAGACAAAACGAUCAUUCGGUUUUAAAAUAAAUUAUUUAGAAUGAAAAUUUUUAAGUUUUAAUGUAAGAAAGCGUUUGUUUAAAUCUCAGAAUAUGAUAAAGAUUAUUCGACAAACAAAUCAAGGGGUUUUAAAUUUCAAUCUAGUAAGGUAACUAUUUUAGUAAAAUAUAAUAAUGAUUGAAAAAAAAUCUUUAUCUUGUACAUUUAUUUCAAGAGGGUAUAUAUAUAGCUUGUUCGGAUCUGACAAAUCUUUCACAAGGCUCAUAAGAGCGCUUACUUUGGAAAUAUAUAGAAAUUCGACUACAUUAACAGGGUUGGUUUUCAAUUUUCUUCGGUACAACUUCAAUUUUUUCUCAAUUUUCUUUGUAAUGUUCUCCUGCUCAUUAUUAUGCUAAACACUCCAGCAUUUCCCUUUGCAAUAAAUGCAAAGAUUGAAGAAAUAUGAUAAAUACAGACUCCUCCAUUUGUAUCAGCUGCUCCGAUUGAAACUUAAAUAAGAAAUAAGACAACAUAUUUUUUAUGUUUGCGUUAUUUCGUUUGCGAUAUUUAAAAAAAAACGUAUAAGAAGAAAUAUUUUUAAAAAGUCUUUGUGGCACUACUACGCAUACGUAGAGAUACAGAGCUUGCUAAGAACCAGAAUUUUUUUUUACAAGAAACAAUUAAAAUUAUUAUGAUUCAGGGAAUAAACAUAUUGAAAAUUUAAAAUCAUUGACAUCUAAUUACAAAUUUUAGUAUUUCACGAUAUUUAACAAAGGACUAUUACGUACAUUUUGUAGUUCCUUUCCUAAAAUAGUGAAUACUUUUAGAGAAAAAAAAAACAGUGAAACUUACGUGAACUAAAUCAUCAAAGAAACCCUUUAGUAAACUAAAGACACGUUGAUUAAAGGUUCCUUGUUAGAUUAUAGCACAAACAGUAUGAAAAACUAGUUCCUGGUUUGGCUAAAGUACAAGCAUUGUGAAAACGGUUAAGCUACCUGGUUGGGUAAGAACAAAAUAAAGCAAGGUAUGGAUACAGACAAAAAUACAUGGUUACGUUUAGAAAAUAACCAAACACAUUAUUGAAUACCGGCUUAACAACCUGGUUAGAGAUAGAAAACGCAGUAUGGAUACCGGCUAAAAUAUCUGUUUAGGAAGGAGAACAACGUACAGGAAAUGUUUUUAGGAUUCAGUUAUUUUCUAACAUACGUAACAUUACAACACAUACAAUAAAAACACUAAAAAAAUCAUCCAUCUUAAAAUAAAAUAGAAAAUAAUGGGUGUCUUCGAGUUAAGUUAGUUGUUGUUAUAUUGUUGGUUAUAUUGUUUUGUUUUACUCAGUUAAGUUGAUUCUAUAUCAUGUCUUUAUAUUGUAUAUUUAUUUUUCAUUGUAAAAAAGGAGAUGGUAUGCUAUGGCAACUGUUUUGGUCCCUUGAAUUCGCAAAAUGAUUAUUAUAAAUCUGAUAAAUAAUAUUGUACAGAUGUUCAAAAGACUCGAUCUGUCAAAUAUCAGUAUUUGUAUUUUUCAAAUAAAUCGUUUUUAUUAAAAAAAAUUAUUUUGGGGUUCUUUACUUCUGUAUUUUACUGAAAAACGAUAGAAACUGUCAAAAUAGCCAUUUUAUUGAGAUCUUGCUUUUGAUAAUUUGAUAUUCUUAUUCUGCUCUAAGAUUUCUUGUAAAAAUAUGUUUAUAUGGAUAAAUUAUCAUAUUUGUUAAUGCUGUGGCUCAUAUCUAAUUUCGCCUAAAAAUUAGCUUAAAAAUUGUCAUGUUUUGGCAUCAUAGUGACAGCACUGCUGAAAUUUCUAAACCGCAGUGCACAAAUAAUUUGAUACAAUUCGUUGACCAAAAAGGUUACAUGAUUUUGAUAAAAUUGUGCUAUAUUUGUAAUUUCAGGGACCAGAUCUUAUCAUACCUCCUUGUCUACAAAUAAAAGAAAAAAAUGUA